AUGGCUGUCGAAGAAUCUCUUUAUCAACGAACAAGAUGGAAGAUCUUUGUUUCCCUUUUUAUUGGAUAUUCAUUUUAUUACUGCACAAGAAAGACUUUUACCUUUUCAAUUCCUACGCUUGUGAAAACUCUUAAUCUGAGCAAAGACAGUCAGUACAAACUGGGUUUGAUUAUCAGCUGUUAUACCUUUACGUACGGAUUCAGUAAAUUCGUCGCGGGUUUUCUUGCGGAUAGAACAAGUUCCCGCGCUGUUUUCACGACAGGGCUGCUUUUAAGUGGGAUAGUUAAUAUUCUUAUAGGUUUCUAUCAUAGUYUGUGGGUUCUUAUGGCGCUAUGGGGCAUAAAUGGACUUGUUCAAGGACUUGGAUGGCCGCCCUGUGCUGCUCUCUUAAAGGCAUGGUUCSAACGCACAGAGUUGGGGACCCUGUGGAGUGUCCUCACAGCAUCUCAAAAUCUCACAGCCAGUAUAUUACCACUGAUGACGUCAUAUCUACUGCUGAACUAUGGACUAAGCUAUGCAUUUAUCCUUCCUGGAACAGCUGCUGUUGUCAUUUCAGUACCAAUCUAUUUAUCUGUUUAUAACAAUCCUGUUGAAAUUGGAUUAACAUCUAAGUCGACAAAAGAUCUUAAAACUAAGAUCCCAAUAAAUGGACAAGCAAAAUCAGCGACAGUUGUGUUUAGGUAUCCUUUCUUUUGGACCAUAUCGUUGGGGUACUUUGCGGUGGCUUUUAUAAAGUUUGCCAUGGCAGACUGGGGGCAGUUGUAUAUGAUUCAAGAAAAAGGGAGAACAGUUUAUGAGGCUGGUUUUGCGAUGGGAAUGUUUGAGGUUGGUGGUUUCAUUGGCUCCGUUACUUCAGGAUAUAUAUCUGAUGGCCUUGUUGCCAAGAGUCCAAGUUCUACAUCCAGCCCCAGAAUGCCAUUGGUGUUGGUAUAUUUACUUGGUUUGACUGUCAGCUUGUAUUYAUUGCAUGUUAUGGCCACCUCCAAGAUAACAUUGUCUGUUCUUAUGCUGGCUAUAGGCUGUACCACGAUGGGUCCUAUCAAUAUAUAUGGUGUUUUAGCAGUAGAAAACAGCCCUCCUGGUUUAACAUCAACCACGCAUGGCUUCGUGGCAUUGGCUGCUAGCAUUGGUGCAACGUCCUCUGGGUACCCCCUGAGCGUCUUGACUAGAUAUUACGACUGGUCUGGUAUGAUGAUCGCUCUACAGUGUGUAUCUAUAGUAACCGUUGUCAUAGUAUUCUUGACUCAGAAUCUCCGUUGCUCCAUGGAUGCCAAAGAAAAAGCCAAUUAACAUCAUGACUUAUCACUGAGAAUAUGAACGAGGUCAGCACCGACGACCGGGGCACUAGCAGUAAUAUAUAGACAACGUCUUUGACAAGAGGAAACGUUAAAAUGACAACAAUAGGAUCAAUCAAUAGUAACGACUGCGACCGACGAAUACUAUUGUCAAUGACAGCAACACCCRCAGCUGAAUAACGAUGACAUCAWUCGCAACAAUGGAAAUCUCGUCAAGACUAAGAAAAACAAGAAAGCAAAAGAAUUAACAAGAAUCAAGACAAGAACUGACCUCAUUAAGAAUAACGCAAAAAAGAAUAUGAACUAGAAUGCUAAAAAUGAAUCGUUGAAAUAAGAUUAUAUAUAAGAAUAUAAARUGCAGCUGACUAAAAUGAAAAACAAAAGUUCACAUUAGAAAAAAAAACAAAAGUAAUAAUAACAAUAACAGUUUCUCCAACARAGUUACUUUAUUUUAUACUGAUAAAUUAAAUAUAGAACGAGAAAAUGUUGAGUGUACAAUAGUGAUAAAAAGUUCACAUUUUCCCCUAGUAUUCGCCCAGAAGUCUUAAAUUAAACCUUAGGCCAUUUGGGAAUACAAGGGUAGUCUCAACUCGGGGAGAAUGCAAAUUUACUAUAUAUUUUA